CGGUGCUUUUAUUCCAGUUUGUGUUCUUUUUAAAGCCUGUUUUUGUGCCUUUUGUGUCUCUUUCAGUUCAUUUUAAUCUCCUUGUUGUGUGUUUGUCAGCUUUAGUGCUUAUUUGUGUUCCUGUUGUGAGUCCUUCAUUGAGUUGUGUUGUCGUCCUGAUCAGUUUGUGAGGGUUCACGGCUGUUUUUGUUCAUGUUGUGUCUCGUUUAAUCCGUUUAAAUCCUAUUUUCUGCAUCUUUGUGUUGGUUUUGUGUCUGUUUCGGUCAGUUUGUAUGUUUGUGCUCGUUGUGUGUCUGCAGUGGAUUUAUGUGUGUUUCGGUCCAUUUGAAUCCGGUUCUGGUCGGUGUUUGAGUCCGUUUGUGGUCAUCUUGUCGCCUUUCGCUCAACAAACAAGUCGAUCUUUUUCACUUUUUGUUGUUUGUGUUUCUUUUUAAAACCUGCUUUUAGUUUUUUAAUUUCCAACCUUCUGGCAGAACUUCCUCAGAACCUCAUCCCGAACCUUCUUGUGGACCGCCAUGACGCCUCCGACCAGCACCACCUACAAGGGCCGCUACAGCGAGCCGGUGCCGAUCGCCAACCUCCAGGACUACGGCGACGACUUCGCCGAGUUCGAGCCGUUCGACGGCAUCGACGAGGCCGCGCCGCGCUCGUACCCGGGAGGAGACGCCCUGACGGUGGAGAACAUCAACAUGUGCCAGAACAUCAACAAGCCGAACCACUUCAGCGGCGCCUACGACACCCAGAACCUGGUGGUCCGGCGCGGCCAGGAGUUCGUGGUCCGGGUCUCCUUCAACCGGGCGCUGGUGCAGCAGGACGACUUCCAGCUGGAGUUCCUGAUCGGUGAGUCUGGUUCUGGUACCGGGUCCUGUAGAAUAAACAAAUCCCAGGCAGACGGAACCACCGACUUCUGGUUCUGUCGGAACUAAAACAAACAAACAAAAUCGUUUUUAACUGGAUUCUGUCAAAUCCAAUAAAGUCUGCGCUCCUGAACGCAGCAGCGGCCCGUCAGUGACGUCACCGGUCACAUGACGGGAAACCAGGAAGUCUUUGGGGUUGAACU